AUGCAUUCCGACAUAAACAUAGCCGCCACCAACAUCUUAGUAACUCAUGCCGCUCUCCAUACUUACCACAGUUUCCACUCUCCUUCUCUUUAUUUCUUCUCCUCUUUACACAAAAACUGUCCAAAAAAUGAUGAAAUGUUGGGAGAAUGUAAAAGUGGUGGUGAGAGGUGGAAGUGGCGGGGAGUGAGGGUCGCAGGUUGUAUGGUCAAAGGAAGCAACUUUUUCGAUCCAUCCACAGCAAUCCAUUCCUUUCUUCUUCUAUUCUACUUCCUUUCUUACCCCAUUCUCCUUCCAUUUGACCCUUUUCUAUCCGACUUCACCUUCACACUCUCUUCUCAACAAUGGCUUCCUUUCUUCUUCGCAGCAACCGCAACCUAUUCGCUCGCUCUCUCCUCGGAGCUUUUUCGUCUAUACUUUCAGUUCAAGUUUCAAAGUGUAGGUGGUGCUGCAAACAUGGUGCAUCUAUAUAGCAGCUCUAGUGGUCCUGUCAGAAAUGAUUUUACUGACUUGACCUGCCCUCAUACAUGGUAUCCACUGGCCCGAAUGAAACAUCGUAGGGUUAUCCUACAUGUUGGUCCAACAAAUAGUGGUAAAACACAUCAUGCCUUGAAGCAGCUUGAGUCAAGUGCUUCUGGUGUAUAUUGUGGUCCUUUAAGAUUGUUGGCAUGGGAGAUAGCAAAACGGUUGAACAAGGCACAAGUUCCUUGUGAUCUCAUUACAGGCCAGGAAAGAGAGGAAGUUGACGGUGCAAAUCACAAAGCUGUCACUGUUGAAAUGGCUGAUGUAUCAGCUAAUUAUCAAUGUGCUGUUAUUGAUGAAAUUCAGGCAAGAAUUGCUGCUGAUGAACUUCACCUUUGUGGUGAUCCGGCUGCUGUUCCCCUUAUUCAGGAGAUAUUGAAAUUUACUGGUGAUGAAGUUGAGGUUCAAUUUUAUGAGAGACUGUCACCUUUAAUCCCACUGAAUGUUCCUCUAGGAUCUUUCUCUAAUGUAAGAAAUGGUGAUUGCAUUGUAACCUUUUCACGUAGCCGAGCUCACUUUGCCCCCCUCUCUUGUAACACAGCUGCAGGAUAUCUUCCAAUUGAGAAAAGAAUUGAAAGAGAAGGAAAGCAUCUUUGUUCAGUAGUUUAUGGUUCACUUCCACCAGAGACUCGAACAAGGCAGGCAAGCAUGUUCAAUGAUGCAAGCAGUGAGUUUGAUGUUCUUGUGGCCAGUGAUGCCAUUGGAAUGGGUCUUAAUCUAAACAUCUCUAGGAUCAUAUUUUCAACCACAAAGAAGUUUGACGGAAAUGAGGUGCGGGAUCUGACUGUACCUGAGAUCAAACAGAUUGCAGGGAGAGCUGGGAGAUAUGGGUCAAAUUUUCCCGAAGGAGAAGUGACAUGCUUGGAUGAAGAGGAUCUACCCUUGCUCCAUUCAUCAUUGAAUUCUCCAUCACCCAUUUUAGAUCGUGCUGGCUUACUUCCUACCUUCGAUUUGAUGUAUAUGUACUCCCGAUUACACCCGAGAAAGGGUUUCUAUCAAAUACUGAAAGUUGCCGCUGUCAUUGAUGAGUUUCCACUUGGAUUACGUGAGAAAUACCUUUUCUGUAUCAGUCCAGCUGAAAUGGAUGAUGAGAUUUCAUCUCAAGGCCUAACGCAGUUUGCAGAAAAUUAUGCAAAGAAAGGUCUUGUCCGGCUUCGAGAAAUAUUUACUCCAGGGUCACUCAAUGUGCCCAAGACCCCGGCUGCUCUUAAGGAGCUGGAAUCCAUCCACAAGGUCUUGGAUCUGUACGUUUGGUUGAGCUUUCGGUUGGAAGAAUCUUUCCCAGACCGUGAGGUAGCUGCAUCCCAAAAGGCCAUUUGCAGCAUGUUGAUUGAGGAAUUCCUAGAAAGACUUGGGUGGCAGAGGCCAAUGGCUAGAAGAAGGUUAGCUUCGAAUAAAGAGGCAAUACCUUUAAUGGCAUUUUCAAACAACCGAUACACAUCUGCCGCCCAGAAGCAAAUUGCUUCUGCACCUUUUCUUAAUUUGACGUGA